CCAUCCUCCAUCGAAUAAAUACUUUCAGAUUUCCUCUUCUUCUCUUGCUGCCAAACACAUCUUGUGCAAGCUCUCUUCCGUGUCUACAAACAACGACUCUUACCAUAACUCAAUCUACCUCUCCAUUACCAAACAAUUUAUAUACAUACACACACCCAAAAUCUCCAACAUGUCCAUGGACUUUGCCCGUGCCGCUCUGGCUGAGCGCCGACCCUCCUUCUUCCUCUCAUUGGCACCCACUACUUCAUCUUCCUAUCCUCAACCCGACAGACGACCCUCAGUCACCGAGACCCCAGCCAGACCCCGACGGGCCUCCAUCAGCUCCCCAACCGGCCUCCGAGUCCUCAAGCUCAGCCCCGUCUACUACGGCGAGCACAUUGGCCAGAACAAGGACGACUUCUAUGACGUCGAGGCCUCUCCGGAGCUGGCGCCCUCAUCCUUCCUCUCGCUCGCGCCGGCCACCUCUUCCUCCUAUCCUCAGAUGCCCUCCAGCCGCUCCGCCGAGACCCCCGAGAGGCGACGCUCCUCGUCCAGCUUGAGCUCCACAACCGGCUUCAGGGUGCUGAAGCUGGGACCCGUCUACUGGGGUGAGCACGAUGGUGACCACAAGGAUGACUUCCACGACAUUCCUACUUCUCCUUAAGACAGAAGCCAAGCAAGGGCAAAUCAACAUGAACACAUUUGGAAAUUUAGCGUGAUCUAAUUUUUUUUUUAUCUCUGUCUAUUUGGAAUGGAGCGAGCGAAGCUACUGUUAUCAUUACACUUGAAAAAAAAAAAGUUUUUCGGCAACGUACACACAAAAAACAAGUCCAAAGCUGCAUGAAAUGACUCGAGGGAGAGGGAAUGUUCGCUCUCUUGGCAUCUGGCGCCUUUUCUUUAGCGCCCUGUACGGCUUGGCUUGGCAAAUCUCCCUUUUGGAAUCAAUGGUAUGGAUGGAUCGAUUGGAGCGACUUGGGGGGUUUUUUUUCCCUUCUCUCAUUUUUUUUCUGCGAUUUGGCCAAUUGGCUGGGGGAAAAAAAAAGAAUGCAACAGUUUUGAACAAGCGUCAUGUAAGGCCUAUUUUUGGGUAACCACACUUUAGUCUAGAACAGAUUGUACUACAAGAGGCAGAUCUUGGAGCAAAUUGGCUUAGCAAGAUAUGCAGUGACAAUACAUACGAAAUUCUACCAACAC